AUGGCCGCAGCGUUGACCACCGUCGAGCGUUACAUAUUCCGCCGCGUCGCCAUUGCCGCGCUGAGCGCGUUCACGGCGAUCCUGGCGGUGGUGUGGAUCACCCAGGCGAUCACGCGCAUCGAUUUCGCGACAGGCUCGGCCGGCUCGAUCGGCGCGUUCCUGACGAUGAUGGUACUGCUGACGCCGCAAUUCAUCACCCUGACGCUGCCUUUCGGGUUGCUGAUCGGCGCGGUGAACGUGCUCAACGCGAUGAACGCCGACAGCGAGAUGCCGGUGAUGGCAGGCUCGGGAAUCAGCCGCCUCGCCAUCGCCCGUCCGAUCGUCAUCCUGUCGCUGGUGCUCGGGGCGACGGUGUUCCUGAUCAGCCAUUUCGUCGAGCCGCGGGCAAACCGGGCAGUGCGUGACGUCGUGAUCGACAUGCGCACCGACCUUCUGGCGACACUCAUCCAGGAUGGCCGCUUCACGCAGAUCGAGGACGGGCUGACGAUCUAUGUGGACCGCAAGGAGGCCGGCGGCCGCCUGAACGGCGUGCUGAUCGCCGACCGGCGCGACGCGGAGAUGCAUCUGACCCAGUUUGCCCGACAGGCGCAGGUCGAUGAAAGCACGGGCGUCAGCCUUCUGGUGCUGCAGGACGGCCAACUGCACAGGAAAGACGUCAAGACCGGACAGGUCUCGAUUAUCCGGUUCAGGAGCUAUGCGCUGGAUCUGGCGCAGUUCGGCAGCGCUGGCGAAGGCAUCGACUAUUUUCUGCACGAGCGCGAAACCGGUUACCUCUUCGAUCCCGACCCGAACGAUCCCUGGGUGCAAAGCUGGCCAGGACAGGCACGCGGCGAACUUCAUCGCCGGAUGACGGAAUGGCUCUAUCCGGUGCUGUUCGCCCUGGUCGCGCUGGUUGUCGCCGGACAGCCGCGCACGCACCGCUCGGCCAGCAUCAUGGCCUUGGUGCUGGCGUUCGGAGCCGGGCUCGGCUACCGCUGGGCCAGCUAUUUUUCCUACAAUGAGAUCAAGACCGACGGCACGCUGUUCUGGCUUCUUUAUGCGAUUCCGAUGGCCGGUAUCGGCCUGUCCGCGCUGAUGUUCCUGCGCGGCUGGGUCAUGCAGGCAGUUGAACGAAGCAUGACCGGCGUGGCAGGGCGGACAUUUCAGGUCUAUGUGUUCAUGCGCCUUGUGCGCAUGGUGCUCUAUUUCUUGGCCGGCAUUGCCGCGCUCGCGCUGCUGGUCGAUUUUACCGAACUGUCCAACCGCACGGGCGCGCUGGCCGACUAUUCCGCCCUCAAGGCGCUUGGCGUGUCGGCCAUGCGCGUCCCGUUCAUCCUUCAGGUCACGCUUCCGUUCGUCAUGCUGUUUGCGACGAUCGCCACGCUUAUCGCGCUGAACCGCAAAUAUGAGCUUGUCGUUGCGCGUUCGGCCGGCAUGUCUGCCUGGCAGUUCCUGGCGCCGACCUGGGUCGCGGCCCUGUUUGUGGGCCUGGCCGGGGUGCUUGUGCUCAAUCCGCUCGCCACAAACGGGUUCUCCCUGGCCCAGGCGAUCGAGGGGAGCUGGAAGGGCAGUUCCCAGAACCGGCUCUUCAACACCAAGGAGCCCUGGCUGCGGCAAAGCCGCGAUGAUGGCGGGGCGAUCCUGAUUACCGCCAAAACGGUCGCCAACCAGGACAUCACGCUCUACGAGGCCGUGUUCAUCGAGAUUGGCGAGGAUGGGCGCGUCGUCGCCCGUCACGACGCGGCCUCCGCGCAUCUUGCGGAAGGCGAGUGGGUGAUCACCGACGUGACGACCAGCGCGCCGCGGCGGCGGCCCGUCCUUGCCGAACGCAUGACGAUUCCCACAAGUCUGCAUACGGAAGUCGUCCGUCAGGCGCUGGUGCCGCCCGACAUGGUGCCGAUCUAUGCGCUGGGACGCCAGAUCGAUGCCGCCCGCUCGUUCGGCGUGCCGUCGGCUCCGUUUUCCAUGCAAUAUCAUUCGCUUGUCGCGCUGCCGGCACUGAUGGUCGCGAUGGCGAUGAUCGCCGCAACCGUCUCACUUCGCUUCGUCCGCUUCGGUCAGUCCGCGGGCAUGAUUGUGGCUGGUGUCACCGCCGGCUUUCUGCUUUAUGUCGUCACGGCGUUGGCGAAGUCGUUCGGCAGCGCAGGCGCAAUGCCGCCUGUCGUGGCGGCGUGGCUGCCGGUGGUGGGCGGCAUCUUGUUCGGGAUCGGAUAUCUUCUCAAUCACGAAGACGGGUAA